AGCCAAUGUAUUGUACAUGUAAGUUGUAAAGAUCUCUAUUGGAGCCAUGGACUCAAGCAGGUCACAAAAAGAGAAAAUGGAUAAGGCCAAGGAGGUUAUAUCAAACAUACUAGAUGAGGAAAAAGAAUACAAACUCCGUGAGCUUGACAUGAUUAAUGAAAAACUGCAGCAGACUGAAGAACAGCUUGACAAAUUAAGGUCAUAUUUAUUAGGCUGCUUGUAUACUGACCAACCUGAAGACACCAAAGUUACUGUCCCGAAAAGAUAUCCAAUCUUCGAGGAUGAGGUUGGAGUUAGAACUAGGAGAAUUAUCAUCGGCAAUGUCAGUAAAUAUAUCCCUGCUGAUCAGCGAGACAAAAUGAGUGACCAGUUCACCUACAAGUGGUUACUGUAUGUACGAACGCCACCAGGGCAGCCCGCUAUUGAAACCUUUGUAUCAAGAGUGGUCUUCAAACUAGAUCCUUCUUAUAUUCCUAAUGAUAUUGUGGAGUUGACUGAGGCUCCGUUUGAAGUAAGAAGAAGAGGUUGGGGAGAGUUUCCAGUACAAGUAAAGAUCUUCUUCGCAAACGAAGACAAGGAGAUUGACAUUACUCAUCAGCUCAACCUUGACACAACCUUCUCAGGGGUGCAGACUCCUGGAGCUGAAACGGUGGUUGACGUCGAAUUUGGUUGUUAUGCUGACGAAAUGUCAAGGAAUCGCAUAAAGGGAAUCAAGCGAAGCAAUGGUCGAACUCAACCUCAAUUGAUUACGUAGCUGUUAUUAUUGACUAUUGUUAGGGUGAGCUUAAGUACGCUGUUUUAAAAUUAAAUUAUUAAUCUAACAUCAGACAGUUUUAUGAUGUUUUUUAGUGAUAUAACCAACGAAUCAUUAUAAAUAAAUAAAUGUGUGGUCAUGUAAACAAAUGUUUUUUAAAGAUACGUAUUUAAAUCUUCAUGAAGUUUGGUUGAAUAUUUUGUGUACCACAAUAAUGUAAACUGCAAAGAUUAUGAACUGAGAUGUCCUUAUCAGAAUUGGUGAGGUGCAGUUAUACUAAAAGCCAACUCUUGGGUUGCAUAUUUAUGAAGAAAUUCUGUCAGCAUGAGAUAUCUGAGUACUUUUACUGCAGAUGCAAUAUUUCUGUAGGUACGAAUAUUUUACUCAUCGAUCUUGAUUAUUCUUUAGCUUGAAUAAUAAUGUGUUGUAGAAGUAUAAAGAUACUAUCUGGGCUUCCAUGUAAUUAAAGGUGUCAAAUGAUCGAAUUAUUGCAGCUAAAUUUGAAAAAUAAACGAAAUGUUUCUGAUCUUUGAAUGGUU